AUGAGGUACCAGGCUUUUCUGCUGCCGAUCCCUCUACUGAUGCUACUUCAGACAUGCACCACCACUUCAGCACUUGAUUCUGUAAAGAAGGUUGGGCAGGCAAGUGCUCCAAAAGUUGUCACAGUUAAUGAGUUGAGAAAUAGGGCUCAGUUCAAUGCCAGAAACUGCAAGGAAGUUAAGGAUAAAUAUGGUCAAACUGAGAACGGCCUGUACUACCUGACCACAGCUACUGGGGUGGUCUACCAGACCUUCUGCGACAUGACCACAGCGGGCGGCGGCUGGACUCUGGUGGCAAGCGUGCAUGAAAACAACAUCUAUGGGAAGUGCACGGUGGGCGAUCGUUGGACCAGCCAGCAGGGCAACAACGCCAACUGGCCACAAGGAGAAGGCAACUGGGCAAACAGGAAGACUUUUGGAACAGUGGAGGCAGCCACGGACGACGACUUCAAGAAUCCUGGCUACUACGACAUCGAAGCAGAAGACAUGUCGGUGUGGCAUGUUCCCAACAACACUCCGGUCAACCACUGGAACCUGGCCGCCAUCAUGCGCUACCACACUGACAGGCACUUCCUCCAUCUGUAUGGGGGAAACCUGUACCAACUCUUCCACAGCUACCCGGUCGAGUACAACGUUGGUGCACACCUGUCCGACAAUGGACCCUCCAUUUCCAUAGUGUAUGACCUUGGGGACAAAGAGUCUACCAAAAAUGUAUACGGCCCUUACUCUGGAUGGGAGAUUGAAGGAGGCUUCAUCAGUUUCAGAGCCAUAAACCAUGAACGGGCGGCCACAGCCAUCUGCUCUGGGGUCAAACCCAAAGGUGGUAAUGUUGAACAUUACUGUAUAGGUGAAUGUGGGUUUUUCCCUGAGGCUAACCCUCUUCAAUGUGGGGAUUUCACUGGCUUUGCCUGGAAUGGCUAUGGGACCCAUAUAGGCUUUAGUGCAUCAAAACAGAUGCUUGAGUCAGCUGUCUUACUCUUUUACCGCUAA